GUCAGCGUUAAAACACCUUUGACCGGAAGUUGCAACCGACACAUUGGUCAUAACGUCGACGAGCUUGAGACGCUAGCUAAAAACUUUUUCCUCCCUCCCCCUCUUCCACUCACUCCGUCCUUCCACCCAUCCAUCCAUCCAUCCAUUCGUUGUUGUUGUUAGAGCGGUGAUGGAGGAGCAGAGGGACCGCUACCGGUGCUAGCUAGCUAGCAACGAUUCAAGCCAAGCUACUAAACAGACACAGAGAGAAAGAAGGGAAGAAAACAAGCGGACCGGAGGGAGAGAAAUGGAAACGGUUGAGCAGCUCGUCUCUUUCCACCACAUUCAGGUCCAGUUGAGCGGGGGCGCGCCUUGGGGGUUCACGCUGAAAGGAGGGCUUGAGCACGGCGAGCCUCUCAUCAUCACUAAAAUCGAGGAUGGAGGGAAGGCCGCCCUGUGCAAGAAGCUGAAAGCCGGCGACGAGCUCAUUAACAUAAAUGGAUCCGCCCUCUACGGCAGCAGACAGGAAGCCCUAAUCCUCAUUAAGGGAUCGUACCGGAUGCUGAAGCUCGCGGUCAGGAGGCGCAGCGUUCCCAUCAGGCCUCACUCCUGGCACCUGGCAAAGCUAUCGGAGCAGCCCCUCCCUCCCCCUCCUCCGUCUCCUCCUCCUCCGCCCUGCCUGCCCCCCGUCGACUGCCCUCCUCCUCCCCCCCCCCCCCCUCUGUCUGCCAUGCAGCUCCACCCCGUCCCAUACACACUACCCUGGCACGCAACUGACAACAGUGACUUAUCCUUGCAGUGGGGUCAGCUGUCCAGACCUUACUCCUCCACAGACCGAAGCAGUUCCCUGGGCUCCAUGGAGAGCUUGGACACACCGACACCGACCACACAGCAGUACUCUGACUCCCAGAGUUCCCCCGUUGACCCCACCCUUUUCAACAACAACAGAGACUCUGCCUACAGCUCGUUCUCCGCCAGCUCGAACACAUCCGACUACGCGACAGUGCCACUGAGGCGCGGUGACGCCUGCUCCAUGGACAACCUCCUCCAGAGCCUGGGGCCGGCUUGUCGAGGCUACCCUGGUGGUGAUACCUCAGUCCUGCGGCGUUCAUAUGGCGAGGCCCCGGAUGAGAUGCAGCUUAUUGUACUCAAGUCCAGGUCGCUGACCAGGCCAAGACCAAUGCAUGUUGAGGUAAAAGAAAGGCCUUCCUCCUGCUGUUAUGAGGAGGAGCGGAGGGGAGGAGACUUUGAGAUCGUAAGAAAUGAAGAAAGAGGAGCUGAGAGAAAGAUGAACCCUCCUCAGCCUCCAACCAGGAAGGACAGUUUUAGGGCAACCCGGAGUCGCCCUAAUGGCGCCAACAAACGCUGCGUCUCCGCUCCAAUUGAAAUUUCCAGCGUUUCUUUUUACCAUGACAAAAACAGGUCUUCUUUGAAUGUUGAAUCAGAAAUUCAUAAUGGCUUUGCGGCACCAGAAGAAGGUGACAAAACUGGGAAUUUCAAAGAGGAUACCUUAGACUCGCACUAUAUCCAAAGACAGACUGAAGACAUUAGACAUAUCCGAUGUGAUACGAGUGCAAAUAAAGACUGCAAUUCAGAGACCACUUCAGAUCACCUCUCUGAUCCACCGACGGCCUCCCUAGUCCCCAUCACCUCCUCUAGUCCUUGCUCCUUACCUGCGGAGUCCUCCGUGGAGGUUCAAGAGGAGUCUCGCGUAACUCCCUCGCAGAACAAGCACUCCUCCACGGGGCUUCACCGGCACAGCGCCCCAGAUAAGCUCCUCGCUACACAACUUCAGUUAUUGCAGUUUAACAGCGAUGGCUCUUCAUUGGAGCCUCACAAUCCGUCAGACACUUCUGAUCCCUCCUUGUCCUCCUGUAGCAGCCAGUGGUCCCAUUCUUCACUCCAGCCCACGAGGGACGACCAAGAAGCUUCUCCCAACCACCUCCACGCGCCAUCAAACAAAUGGGGAGGCAGCCGUUGCUCGACCCCAGGGUCCGUGUUCUUGGACGGGGAUGAGGAUGACGGAGAUGCAAUUGAUAGGCUGAAAGGCAUGGGUGUUAAUGGAGGGUCCCUUCCGCCAAUGGAGCAUCACCACCCUUGGGGACGCUCUGUAAGCGUACCGGGGGAUCCCGCUGGAUCGUCAACCCAGGGAAGGUUGAGCACUGACCAGAUAAUAGAGAGAGGUUUUGAGCCUCUUAGUGCUGCUGCCAGUAUGGACACCUUAUUAGAGGAGCAGAGAGCAGUGGAUGGAGGAGGAAGUGGGGGUAAAAGCGAGGAGGGUGGGGCAGGAGAGACAGACAUGAAGAGGACAAACGCGUCCAGGAACCAUCGUCGGAACCGUCGUCGCAGCGAACGAUUUGCUACCAACCUCCGAAAUGAGAUCCAGAGGAAAAAGGCCCAGCUCCAGAGGAGCCGUGGCCCAGGAGGGUUGCUCUGUAGUGGGGAAACUGUCCACGAGGAAGAGGGUCCAGACCUGAAUGAGGAGGGGGCAGACCCAGACCCGCCUGCCCAGGAGAGGAGUACCAAAGUUAACUUGCACGUUAGUCCCCAAGAUGCCGGCACUGCAGCACCAGUCGAGAGAGCAACCAUCUCUAGUGAAUCAAACCAUGAUGUCUUGCAGACUCAGUCAACAACCUAUACUCAAAACAACAACCUAUCCAGGUCUGUCCAGAUUCUGGACCCGGGAGUGCCUAAUUUUGGUGUCAGUGUCCGAGUCGUGGAGGAACCAGCCCCUGCUGGCAAAGCCCGCCGCUGGCGUUGGACCCCAGAGCAUAAACUCCAACCCGAACCACAACGCCGGUGUGGAGUGUUGGGUGAGAAGGUGUUGGGAGUCACAGGGUCCCGGCAUGGGGUUUGUGUCUUCACCUCCUCAUCCAAGUCCUCAUACAGCCGCUCCUCUUCCUGUUCACGGAUGGAUGAGUCAGAUAUCCUCCCGUUUGCCGAUAGGAUGAAGUUUUUCGAGGAGACGAGCAAGGGUAUGUCUGGGCCAAAUGCUCUGAAUCUGUCAAGUCGCAGGCAGAAGAAAACUUCCCACCAUCCGGAGCUCCAGGGAGGAGAGCUCGGUCAGCACUCAACCCAAAGAAGAUACUCCUACCAGGGAGGACUUCAGCAGGAAAGCGCCCUGCUUCCAAACACUGUGGAAGCCAGGAGGCUCUCUGUGAGUACCAGCAGGGAGAGGCAAAAAGAGAAGGAGAGGGAACAAGCGAGAGAGCGGGAGGAGAGGGCAAGGGAACGCGAGAGGGACGAGAGGCUGAGAGAAAGGGAGAGGCAGCAGGAGAGGGAAUUAGAAAUGGAGAGGUCAAGGCUGAGGGAGAUGCAGCGGGAGAGGGAACGAGAGGAGAGGGUGAGACAGUGGGAAAGGGAAAGAGAGAGGGAGCUUGAGUUGGAGAGAGAAAAAGAGAUGGAGAGGGCCAGAGAGAAAGAGCUCGAGAGAGAAAGAGAGAAGGAAAGGGAAGAAGAUGCUCAGCUCACCUCACAUCAGGAGUUAUAUGGCAUCAAAGAAAGAAAUCCUGACUUCCAACACAACUUUCAGCCAAAGACUCAGGCGUUCUCCAAUAGCCAAACCCAGAAUCAAGUCCCGCGAUCGGCCUUCUAUCCUGUCAAUACCCCUUCCCAGCCCAUGGAGAACCAGCAACCUCUUCACCAGGGAUACACAGCAAGGAGCUACACACCUACAGAGACGUAUCCUGCCCGGCAACAGGAAACGACCAAGCUCAACAGGAAGUACAGCCUGACCGAGAGGGACUACUCGAGCUGGAGACGGGAGUCCAGGCCUCCAGAGAGCAUUGAUCAGUAUCAUCAGCACCAUCAGGGGCGACGGGGCCACAGACAGGCUGACGGCGGCAACGAUGAUCGCAACGGGUGCGCGUUCGCUCCCCCGCCGGCUCCUCUCUCGCUCCGAGGACGCGCCAUGUCCGAAAACGACCUCCGAUUCGACAGCAGCCACCGCUGGUCGCCGUCGAUUUCGGCGACGACCAGCCAGACCCUGAGCGAGGUGGAGGAAUGGGCAGGCGGCGUCAGGGGAGGAGAAGCCGCCGACACCGCCCGGGCAAACAGGAAGAAGACGCCACCUCCACCGAGGCCGCCGCCCCCAAAGUGGGAGCAGUUUCACCGCAGGCGCGCGUCUCACCACACCCUGUUCUCCUCCUCCUCUUCUUCUCCUCACUCCGUCCCUCCCUCCUUUGACGCCGCGGAGGGACACUGUUCGACUAACUUCCCUUCGUGCGUCCCUCCACUCGACACGUCCAGACAGAGGUCCUACAGUCUUCCUCCAGAGAGGCAGGAAGUGUCGGAGGGCUGCCCGCGAUGCAGCCGCAGCCAGACCCAGGAGCACAGAUACCCUCACGCCUCGUCCAAUCAGAAUCCACCACAAAUGCAGGAACACUCCUUCUCCCACGCUCCAUCCAAUCAGAAUCAGGUUCCGUUACAGGCUCGGUCCUUCGCCGUUGCUCCGCCAAGCCCCAUGUCCUCCAGGAGGGCCUUCAGACCAGUGGCUCUGCCCCAGAAAGAGAGGGACGUGAGGGGCACGUAUGGACAGCAGGAGAGGGUGGAGGUUUUAUCAACUUAUCCUCCACCUCCACCGCCACCUACAGAGAACAGCACGAGCAGUUUAUCUGAGAUGAUCGUCAACUCCGACCAGGGCAGAGUAACGGUGAAACCUCACAAACAGCAGUCGCACGUGAGACCAGGAGCCGAGUGGGAGCGAGCCCCAUCUCCCAGAGUUCAUAGCGACUCAACACAUCCACCUGUCUUAGAAAACGGAGACGUUGGCAGGGUUGUACCUCCUGAGUCCUACUUCUCCGUAGACUACGAGCAGCAGCAGCAGCUUCGUAUGAGCAGAGGCUUUCAGAGCAUCGAGCCCCCGAAGAUCCCCGAACCAGGAACGGAAUCCGAGACGACCCUCAGCCCGAGUCCGGCGCACAGCCUGGACGCAGACCUGGACAUCCCCAUGGAAACAGACAUCGAUGACUUCCAGGAGGAUGACGGGCUUCCAGCGGCGGACGAGCCAAUCACCAGCGAGCACCCUUGCUUCGCGCUGCCAGUUACGGUCCUGGAGACGGACAUCGACACCUUAGCGGACUCUACCGAGGCCUCGCCGUCGGGCAGGACAAGGGCGGAGAGCGGCUCCGUGGAGGAGGAGCUGGAGGCCGGGGAGAGCAGCAGAGAGCGGCUGAGCCUGGAGGAGCUCUUCCCCCCCAGCAGCGAGGGAGAGUCAGGCAGGGAGAGCUGGAGAGGGGCCUACCAAACCACAGAGCACAGCACCGACAGCUUGGAUAGGCGUUCCGGUGCGAGCUCCAGCUGUUCGUCCUAUUACAGCACGUCGACAGCCAAGGCGCAGCUGCUGUCGCAGAUGAAGGACUUCACUGAUAACAGAGAGAGGGACGAGGACGACGAGCUGACCUACAAGAAACAGCUGAUGGAGAGCCUCCGCAAGAAGCUGGGAGUGCUGAGAGAAGCUCAGAGGGGACUGCAGGAGGACAUCCGAGCCAACGCACAGCUGGGAGAGGAGGUGGAGAGCAUGGUGGUGGCGGUGUGUAAGCCCAACGAGGUGGACAAGUUCCGCAUGUUCAUCGGCGACCUGGACAAGGUGGUGAGCCUGCUGCUGUCGCUGUCCGGCCGGCUGCUGAGAGUGGAGACCACGCUGGAGACCCUGGACCCCGAGACGGAGCACCACGAGAGGCUCCCCCUGCUGGAGAAGAAGCGUCAGCUCCUGAGGCAGCUGUCUGAGGCUCAGGACCUGAAGGACCACGUCGACCGCCGAGAGCAGGCCGUCAGCCGGGUGCUGGCCCGCUGCCUCUCCCCCGAGCAGCACAGAGACUACAGCCACUUUGUGAAGAUGAAGGCGGCGCUGCUGGUGGAGCAGAGGCAGCUGGAGGACAAGACCCGGCUGGGAGAGGAGCAGCUGAGGGGGCUGAGGGAGAGCCUGGGGCUGGGGCUGGGGUUGGGAAUCGGAAUGGGAAUGUCGAUGGGAUACGGACAUUAUUGAGAAAAAAAAAAAAAAAAACUAAAGAGAUGAAGAAGCAGGGGCUUGUAGUCACACUAAGUCAGUUUUGAGACAACAAGUGAAGAAGCAAAGAGGAUCGAGACCCGUUUAGCAAACAUUGCUUUACAGAGUCUCUUAAAGGAAUAAUUUGACAUUUUGGGAAGUAUACUUCUUCACUUUCCUGCCAUGCAUUAUGCGAAAAGAUCGACACCACUCUCAUGUCUGCCAGCAGCAUCCGAAAAUCACCGCUAUGUACACGUUACUUCAUGUUUUACGGGCCAGACUAAUUCUUAGCCGGGUGCAGUGACUUCCUGGAGUCUUUAUGCUUAGCUAAGCUAACCGUUGGGAGACGGUUAGCUUAUCAAAAAAAAAAAAUUGCUUAUCAUAUUUAGCAAUCCAAAAAAAUGUCAAACUUUUGCUUUAAGGAUUAGCAGACAUGUCGAUUUCCGAAAUUGCAGGACCAGACCAACCGCUAUAGUGUCUAAAAACACCCCUGAAAGUUUUUCGGUAACACCCAAUGCUGGCCAAGACCAAAACAGGAGGCCUGAGUCCCGGGGUGUCAACAAGAGAAAAGAUUGGACUUUAGUGCUACAGCCCAGGAAGAAACGACUAAAAAGAAGAAGAAGAAGAAAGUUGAGCAUAGACUCACAGAAACAAUUAACUAGAGACUAAAUACAACAAAUACACCAGAAACUUAUGGACAACUUGUCCCCAGAACUGUGAUUAGAGAGCCGAGGGCAUGUUUGAUGGUUAGAAAAAGAGGAUUAAUGGAUUUGAACACUGAGACACAAGUUUGUGAACAUAGACGGCAAAGAAAAGGAUGUUGUUAUUCACUUAUAUAUAUUAAAAAAAAAAAGUAUACCCUCUGCUUCACCAUGAAGUGCCUGAAACCUGUAGUGUAAAACUGUACUUAUGACACUACUCUUCUUCUAACACUACAUUGCCAAAGACAUUUUCUCUUGAUGAAUGUGUCACUGACACGCUGCUUUUUGUCGUUGUGUUUUUCUUUUGUAUUUAAAUCUCUUGGUUCAGAGAAUCAAGACUUUUUUUGUUUUUUGGGUGCCUUCACACUAAGAAACUGUGUUUCCGUUAACGACAUUAAAGUCAAUAUUGUGAAACGCAGCAUUACUUUAUGUUUUUGGGUGCUUUCACACUAAGAAACUGUGUUUCCGUUAAUGACACUAAAGUCAAUAUUGUGAAAUGCAGCAUUAUUAACUGCAAUCUUGUUUUGUAUUCACCUGUGUUCGCUGGCUGACCCCCUGCAUUCAGCAAUACAUAUACUGUAUUAUCUACCAUACUCGACAUAUCACUUUGUAUUCCCAUUAGUGUAACGUGUGUUACUGCGUGGGGUUUGACACUCCACCGACGCGUUAUACUGUCACUAAGUAGCUGUUAUGUACAGAAGACACUUGUGUUUAUAAUGUAUACGAUGUGUGUGUAUAUAGUGAUUUUGUUUUUGGAAUGACUGGAAUCGGUUGAAAAAAAGAAAAAGAAAAAAAAAAGUUGUAAAAGAGAACGAGAAAACCGGGAAGAGUCGAUGUUUACUGUAUAUUUUGACGGGGAAAAGUUUGGUUUGUUUCAAAACAGGAGUUCCAGUUUUUUGUCAUUAGCUUGUGAAGUUUUUUUUGCCCCUAACUGGUCCGCUAGUCCCAGUUGACAUUUCAUUCAUGCAUUUAAUAUUUACUGGAAACUGUGGUUUAAAGAACGCUUACUUUUUUUUGAGAGUUAGAUGAAACUAUUAAUACCACUCUCAUGUUUAUACGGUACAUGGCUACAGCCAGCUGCCUGUUAGCGUAGCUUAGCAUAAAGACUGGAAACAGGGGGGGAAACGGCUAGCUUGGCUCUGUCCAAAGGUAACAAAAUCUGGCUAACAGCACCUCUGAGGCUCAUUGUUCAAAACGCUAUAUAAACAAACAAGGUAUAACGUGAUUAGGGAGCUUUAGAGGUGAUGGUACAUGUAGGCUAGCUGUUUCCCUCUGUUUCCAGUCUUUAUGCUAAACUAAGCUGAACGGCUGCUGGAUUUACGCUCAAUUUGAACGCGCAUAGAUAUGAGAGUAGUGUGCGAGUGGUUCUUCUCAUCUAAAUCUGAAAAAUGAGCCUGGCAAAACUUUUUUUAAUUUUUACCUGGCAAAAACCCUUUUUCACCUAUUCUAAAGUCAUAAAACACAGGAGAGAAAACAAUUUAAAUCCGACUUAAAUGGAUCACCUGAAUUUUUUCAGGUGAAUUUUUUAUUUUUUUCUCACCGGCCUCUUAGGGCUUCCGUACAAAAUUGUUUUUUCAAUUUUUCUCAAUUUGUGAAUUCAAUUUGUGCUUUAACCUGCCCUGACUUAUUGUGAUUUGGGACGUUGCCAAAGACAGUCUCCCGAGCUUUAACCGGUGUCCUAAACCUUGGACGGGACAAGUUUCAGAACUUUCAGAAAAAAAAAAAUUCAAAAAAAGAAAAUAAAACUGCAGCUCAAAAAGAGAUGGGAGGGAUUUGGAAGAGGGAAUGUGUAUAUUUUGGCUGUUCAAAAGUGGCCUUGCUGUGGGCCGGUUAGCUCAGUUGGUAGAGCGGGCGCACAUAUGCAGAGGUUUAUUCCUCGACACAGAAGGCCCAGGGCUCGAAUCCGACCUGUGACGGUUUUCCUGCGUGUCUUCCUCUUUUCCGUGGUUUGUUCUCAGAUGAUUCCUGCUGUUUUAAUACCAAACAACCCUGAGCUUUUGUGUCCACAUAUAUACUUGUUCAGUUUUGUACAUAUUAUGUGUAUUCUUGUACUAUAACAGCCAUUUUCUAAACCGACUGGAAACGUAUUGACUUGACCAGAGAGGAACGAGCGUUGCUUGUUAAGAGUAUAUUUCUUCUAUUCAUGUAAUUUUUUUUUUUUUUUAAAAAUGCAUUACAAAUUGUGUAACUGCAAAAACACUCACUUGCGGAGAAAAAAGUACCAUAAAUAAUAAUAAUAGUAUUUUAAACUAG